AUCUUUUCAUUAUAUUCGGUUUUAUGUACUUGUAUUACUAGACGUAUAUAUUUUUUUUUUUUAGGAGAAAAGGCUUCAUGGUCCUUUUCUCCGGGGUCUAGAACCGCCCCUGCUUGUAAAUCCCGUCGCCACCCCCAACCCCCUGAUGUACAGCCAUGGCAGGGACACUGGUAUUUCUUACUAGCUGUCGGGUCGCUGUUGUCACACACUGGCAGUUGCUGGUGAGCUCAGCUGUGUUUUGGGUGUGUCGCUCAAAUUCCACAGUCCCGCCUGACCACAUUUGAAAGCCUGGGAGGGCUGUAAAUUAGGAGUGCACAUACGGCCGGCUGUUAUAUAAAGCCUGUUUUUAUGUCUCCGUAUGAUACCGUGCCUUUAAAUAGUUGGCUGUUGUCAAGCAAACAAUUUGGGAAGUGGAGAAAUACUGUUUAGUUGACAUUUGACAGUACAAAAGCAGCUAUUGUCUUGUUGGAUUUUGCUACCAUUUAAUCUUGCUCAUGGAAAAAAAUAGUCAUCUGCUCAUUUUUAUUUUUUAACCCUUUGAAUUCAAUUUUUAUGAUAAUGUGCAAAUUGUAAAACAGCCUAAGUGCAUGUUUUUAAGGGUAUGUUAGCAGAUGUGUCUUCCACUUAAAUCAGGGGUCACUAAAAUGGACCCCACAGGGACUAGGUCAACCUUAAGGAUCCCUUAAAUAGUCUGCAGGCCUGUUGACACCAUAGCUCAUCCACGAGAGGCAUCAUUUUUUAUGUCCACUCUAAAAAAAGUUUCUUGACCUCAUUACCUACGGGUGGGCACUGACCUCUGAUGUCAUCAGACAGCGACAACAUUUUGACUUGCUUGCGUCAUCUCUACGCGACCGUUUAUUGACGUCAUGGCGUCGGUGGAUUUCAGAGAAAAUCUGCUGGGCAUCUCUUGGGUGGACAGCGGCUUGGUGCCCAUCCUCAACCCUGGUAAUGUACUUGAUUACUUCUCGGAGAGGAGUAACCCCUUCUAUGACCGCACUUGUAAUAAUGAGGUGGUGAAAAUGCAACGGCUGAGCCUGGACCAUCUCAAUCAGAUGGUCGGAGUGGAGUACAUUCUUCUUCAUGCGCAAGAGCCCAUUCUCUACAUCAUCCGUAAGCAACAGAGGCAGUCACCCACGCAAGUGAUUCCCUUGGCUGACUACUACAUCAUCAUAGGUGUGGUCUAUCAGGCCCCGGAUCUGAGCACGGUCAUCAGCUCCAGAGCGCUUUCCGCCGUUCACGGCAUCCAGUCUGCUUUUGACGAAGCCAUGUCCUACUGUCGCUACCAUCCCUCAAAAGGAUACUGGUGGCACUUCAAAGACCAGGAGGAGAGAGAAAAAAACAAGCCAAAGUCCAAAAAGAAAGAGGAGCCGGGUUCACUGUUCCAGAGACAUCGUGUGGACACUCUGCUUUUGGACCUCAGGUCAAAGUUCCCGCCAACCUUCUACCAGCCAAAGCCUGGAGAGAAGCCCAUUCCAGUGGAAGUAAAAAAAGAGCCUGAACCCCCCACGGAAACAGUCAAACAAGAGGAAAGGGAGCCAGCGGCUAAGUCCUCCGCCACCGCCGCCGCCGCACCAGCCAGCAAGCCGCCUCCCGAGAAGCGAGCGAGGCUCCAGUGACUGCAAUUACAACAUCGAACAAAACAGUUAGGACUUUGUCUUCCGCUACUUGACCUCAAUGCGAUCAGGAUGAGGAAGUUGUCCUCGUGUCGGACUUGGAUGCCUCACACACAGCAUUAUUGAAUAAUGAUGAUAAAAUGAACCUGGGGGGGAGGGCAGCGGAUGUUUGAUGAUCUUUUUGAUGACAUCAGCAUUUUGCAUGCAGGAUCAGUUUCAUUCCCGCAUGACUUUUUUUAUACAUGCAGGAAUGAUGGUGCGUCAUCAGUUCCUGUGGGAACACGUAACCCGGCUUAUUUCACUUCUAAGCUUCUGUGUUUUUGUGUAAUGUGUUAUGUUAUUAUGGUAUAGCUCCAUAUUUCUAUUUAAAACAUUGCUUUGACUGGACAGUUUUGUCAUCAUUGGGUUUUCAAUUGAAAAGUCACAAAUCCCACAUAAAAUAUAAUGUUAUGAUUGUUACAUUCGAUUGUUGUUUUAUGGAUGUUGAAUAUCAGAUGGAUUCAGUUUAGUGUUAAUGGGUUACCACCAUAUUAAAAUUAUACUAAAAAAGUUCAUGAUCAUUUUCAAUCAAAUAUUCUGGUAGGGUUUUCUGUAAUGUUUUUUUCCCCCUAAUGUUUAUUUUCUGUCGCCACUUUUCACCUGCAAUACACAAAAGUAACACUAGGUGUCAACAUUUCUCACUUAUGGUCCCAACUCAAAACAUUUUUAUCAACUUGUAGCUUCAUUUGUUGAUAAACAAUUACUAGUUUU